ACAUAAAAUGGGGGCAACUAUCUUCAUAUGUUAAUCUAUCUCAUAGUGCCAAAUAGGACUUGAUAGAGUGACACUGUUGCUAUAGUGACAGCAGGGGGCAGCCUGUCAAACCAUCUAAUCCCCCCCCUCCCCGCAUGACUCAGGGUGGACAUAUUUCCCCUGAAACAUGUGUCAGCUGUCUGAUAGUGGGUGGAUGCUCUGUAGAGUGGGUCGGAGUAGGGUUUGAAGCAUGGAUAUUGCAUUUCAAGAAUGAAGCCCAUAGCUCCACUCUGAACAUACAGACUAUAAAUAACCUGCCAGUUGGAGUUCAGUUGAAGGGUCAGGACAGCUGAGGAAGUGGGCCGUCCCCGGGUUCAGCUGGUGUGGGCUAACUGCAGGCUGACUGUGCCUCUGAAUUCUCUUUCCAGGCUAUAAUCUAGAGCUGCUCUGCUAUAAAGAAGAUCCCCUUUUGUUUGAUUUGAAAGGCCUGAAAGGCUAUCCAAACUCUCCCUGCCAGGAACGAUGGCUCUACCAAUAAACCCCAUGGACGAACCCAGGAUGUACCAGCAGACGUUGCUCCAGGACGGCCUGUAUGACCUGUUGGAGAACGACAAGCUGGUUGACUGUGUGCUGAAGAUCAAAGAUAAGGAGUUUCCCUGCCACCGGCUGGUGUUGUGUGCCUGCAGCUCAUACUUCCGCUCCAUUUUUUUGUCUGACCUGGAAGAGAGCAAAAAGAGGGAGAUUGUCUUGGAGGAUGUGGAGCCGGGUGUCAUGGGGCUGAUCCUCAAGUACCUGUACACGUCCAAAAUCAAUGUGACAGAGCACAACGUCCAGGACAUCUUCGCAGUGGCUAACAUGUAUCAGAUCCCUUCAAUCUUCACUGUGUGUGUGUCUUUCUUACAAAAGCGCCUGAGCCUCAGCAACUGUCUCGCUGUCUUCAGACUCGGCUUGAUGCUGGACUGUCCCAGGUUGGCCAUCUCUGCUCGAAACUAUGCCUGCGAGCACUUCCAACUCAUCUCUAGGGAUGAGGACUUCCUCCAGCUGCUUGCCAGUGAGCUGGCAGCCAUUUUAUCAAACGACAGUUUGAGCGUUGAGACAGAGGAGGCAGUGUUCGAGGCUUUGAUGAACUGGGUAUCCCGGGACACAGAGAGCAGAGAGAAAGAGCUGCCGGGUUUACUGGAUUGCGUUCGCUUGCGUCUAGUUAGUGAGGAAUACCUUAAGGAGAAAGUGGAGAAACACAAACUGAUCUCUUCAAAUCCUGAGUUGCAGCAGAAACUCCAGCUGGUUAGGGAUGCUCACGCUGGGAAAAUGCCGGAGGUUAAAAAAAGCAAAAGCAAGAAGGAGGACAAUGAAGCAGAGAAAGAUGGAGAGAGUCAGGAUAAAGAGGAAGAAGAAGGUCUUCUCCCAGGCAUCCUUAAUGACAAUCUGCGAUUUGGGAUGUUUGUCAGGAACUUGAUACUGAUGGUGAACGACACGGGUGCUGUGGCCUACGAUCCGACGGGGAAUGACUGCUUUGUAGCAUCACUUUCCACACAGAUUCCCAAGAACCACGUCAGCAUGGUCACCAAGGAGAACCAGAUCUUUGUGGUUGGAGGAUUGUUCUUUGAUGAACAGAACAAAGAGGAACCACUGUGCUCUUAUUUCCUGCAGUAUGACCCAGUCGGUGCUGAUUGGCUGGGGAUGCCUCCCGUCCCUUCUCCUCGCUUCCUGUUUGGGCUGGCUGAGGCUCAGAACUCCAUCUUUGUGUUGGGAGGGAAGGAGCUGAAGGAUCAGGAGAACACACUGGACUCUGUUUUGAUCUAUGACAGACAAUCUUUUAAAUGGGGCGAAUCAGAGCCAAUUCCUUAUCCAGUCUACGGACACGCAACAAUAUCUCAUAAUGAUAUUGUUUACGUGAUUGGAGGCAAAGGACACAACAAGAGCUGUAUGAGGAAGAUGUGUGCAUAUGAUGCCAGGAGAUUUGAAUGGAAGGAACUUGCUCCCAUGAAUACUGCGCGUUCUUUAUGUGGAGCCACCGUCCACAAAGACAAAAUAUAUGUGGCAGCAGGAGUCACCGACACUGGGCUGACAGACUCUGUGGAAGUGUACGACAUCACAUCCAACAAGUGGUCAGAUUCUGUGGCAUUUCCCCAGGAGCGCAGUUCUCUGAACCUGGUGUCACUGGAUGGCUCACUGUAUGCAGUAGGAGGUUUUGCCAUGAUGCCUUUGGAGGACAGCGACGAGAUUGUUCCCAAAGAGAUGAAUGACAUCUGGAGGUAUGACGAAACAGAGAAGAGGUGGAACGGGAUCCUCAGGCAGAUCCAGUACGCGUCAGGCUCCACCGUUCUGGGAGUCCACCUCAACACCCUGCGUCUCACCAAGAUGUAAAAAGGCCCCUUUAGUCUGUGCCUGUUAACAGAAACCUGUGCUCAUUAACAACUUGUAGAGUAGUUCAUAGGUCCAAGGAGAUAUGGCUGGGAUCUGACAUCUAACCUCAGUUCUAACUGUGUAGGAUCACAGGCAAUCUUUUUGAUUGAAGACAUUUCUAUGUGUGUUUCAGUGACUUUAAUCUGAUCGAGACUGGGAAGCUGUAAAAUGUAAACAAUCUGUACCCUGUUGCCUUUUAUUUUUUAUUUUUUGCAUCAUAUGGAAAACAAUGUAUUUAACACUAAAAACUAUGUUAAUAAUCAUGGAAACUGUG